CAGCUCUUUGCCGGUUGCUUGGUAAGGCUGGAGAUAAAAAUGGAACGGCUACACCAAUCCCGCCAGAUCAGACCCCGAUAUACUUAGUCAGGAUGGGACCCCCUUAUGUUACCUUGCAAUUCGAGGUAAACUAGCUGAGUUAGUACUUCGCGGCACGCCAUCAUGUUAUUUUUGCAAAAGUCUCUAUUUGUUAUCCCGAAGUGGAAAUUCUGGGCAAAAGAACUGUACGGGACGGGAUUAGGUAGUUCAGGCAAGGGGAGGGCAUACGAUCGGCGCACAGGACCGGAUAUGAAUGGGGAUAGCUCGGUACUUUCUGCUGCCUGCGCCAUCGGGAUGAAAUACGUGAUUCCGUAUCAUCAGACCAGCAUAAUGAGUAUGGAAAUUCCAUACUCUCGCAAGUGAGAUUGGCUAUUCGCAGGAAAUAAGGGGAGGCUUAUAAUAUAAAAUGCGGUAACACGUAUAAUAAUAAAUACGACUAAACGCUCUCGCAUUCGUCCCUUCGGUGGUCUAUUAUAUGCAUAGUACCAAUUAACAAACAAAUUCAACAAAGUUGCUCAGGAUCAUUGGCACCCAAAAUUGUCACCCUCCAAGUUCAAAAAAGCAAAAAAAAGGAGGAUUACACAACCGCAUACUCUAUUAAUCUGUAUUAUUCGAUAUAUUACCAUAAGCUGCCAUUGACUAUGGAGCCUACCAAGAAACUCCAAUGGGAAACAAGUCCAACCCCCUCCGGCGACGACAUGAUCGACCCGGCGCUGUCAUUAGACAGUACAUCGACAGUGUCAACAUCAACCAAGCGCAAGAGAGCAAGCAAGCCCAAGGUUCGAACAGGUUGUAUUAAACACAGGAUACGGCGCGUAAAAUGCGACGAGACCAAACCCGCGUGUACGCGGUGCACGAGCACGGGACGUAAAUGUGACGGGUACGACGGUGCGCCGCCACCACGGCCGAAGAAGCCAGCAUCGUCCUCGCCAGACCAGCUAGCAACUCCUUUUCCCACGCCGACCACCGCAACGGACGGGUAUCUAGGGGCGCGAAACAGCUUCGCCGCCGCGUACCGGGGAAACUCCGCGUUGCAGAUCCUCCGCCCGCUGGCCGCCGACAUCCAAGGCACGGAGGAGGAGCGCUUGUACUUCCACCGGUUCCGGCAAGCGGCGGAGGCCGGGCUAGCCCUGCACACGUCUAGCCUCGGGGCGUCGUUUUGGCGUCGCUUGGUGCCGCAGGUAGGGCAUUCGGACCCGGCGGUGCGGCACGCGCUGAUUGCGCUGGGAGCCGCGCACGAAAGCAUGCAGCUGCAGCGGGGACAGAGCUACCAAACGAUGAAAACGAAACACCCAGCACCGCGGAUAUCCUCGCGGAGCGGCAGUCCGGCCGAACGAUCACGCGCUUCGACGCCACCGCCCGAGGACACCUACCAGUGCGCGGACCAGUUGGAAUUGUUCAUGAUCCAGCAGUACAACCUAUCGAUCUACCACCUGCAACGACACGUGCAGCCGGGGUCGCCACCCGAGAGCGUCGAAACCACACUCAUAUGCUGUCUAAUAUUCGUCUGCAUCGAGACGUCCCGCGGCAACGAGGCCGCGGCGUUGGCGCACGUUGCUAACGGCCUACAGAUCAUCAAGGCUUUGCCGCCAGAUUCCGAAUUUGCGAGUCCUUCGUCGAGUUCCACCAGCAGACCCAACAACGGAAGCAGAACCAGCAGUAAUCAGGGGUAUAGUGACGGCGGUGCUGGCGGUGGUACGGCUAGUGGCCUCCCGCCGCGAAUAUCACGUUCUGACUGGCGACAGCUUCUCGAUUUCUUUCUUACACUCGAACCUAGCACCGCAACGAAUGAAUUCAGCAGCAGCCAGCCAGCAAGUCCGUCAUGGCCGCCUACUGCCACCUGGGAGAAUCCGCCGGAGUGGUAUAGUGAGAUGAUAUCGCAGUGGGAAACUGAGGCGGCCGAGGGAGAAAUGAGGCCUUGAAUCUUGAUACCAGCAAUAAUCUAGUCAAUAAAAAAAAUCUACUAAUAUGAUAAAC